AUGAUAUCGAGGCAGGCAUAUGCCCCGACACCCCACAGCUAUGUUCCCAACACCACCCUGUCGGCGACUAUUGACCUCGACGAGGAGGUGAAACUGGCCGAAAGUCGCGCAGAGCGUGAUCUACAUGACUCGCUUGCCGAGAUCUUCUCCAUCAUUGUGACGCUUGACGAGCUGGAGAAGGCAUUUCUGAAGGAUGCUAUCCCCGAGGCAGACUACACAGAAAUCUGCGAGCGUUCACUGAAGCAGUACAAGUCCAUAUUGGCCGAUGAGACUGUGGCAAAGGCCUUCGUCGGCCUGGAGGAGUUCAAAGCCGAGUGGGAUCUCGAGGUUCCGCGAGCGACGGAACGUCUCAAGGUUGGCAUGCCGUCGACCGCAGUUAACGCCUCGACUGGUGCUGCUCCCACUCCGGCUUCGACGACUAGCAACAAGUCGGGUGCCCUGAUCCUGGAGGCCACCCAGGACUUCAUCACGUUCCUGGACGCUCUGCGCUUAGGUCUGUUGGCCAAGGACCAGCUACAUCCGCUCUUGACGGAUGUGAUUCAGAGCGUCAAUAAAGUGACAGACCGUGAUUUCGAAAACAGAGGGAAAAUCAUCCAGUGGCUCAUCACCCUCAAUCAGAUGAAGGCGACCGAAGAGCUGAGUGAGGAUCAGUCCCGCGAACUCGAGUCGGAUAUCAAUUCGGCGUACAUGGGCUUCAAGAAUAUCUUGACAUAA